GAGAGAUUCUCUCUAAAUCUAACCCCGAAGAGUGGAGGUAUGUUCCAUCCAAAACGAACGUUGCAGAUGAUGCAACAAAGUGGGCCAACGGACCUAAUUUGAAAGCCGACAGCCGUUGGUUCCAAGGACCGGAGUUCCUGUGGAUGCCAGAAGAAUCCUGGCCAAGACAAGCUGAAUUCGAGCCAACGGAUGCAGAAGCUAGGCCUUGUCACGUCCACCUGGUGGAGCAAAACGAUAUAGUCAUCGAUUGGAAUCGCUUUUCAAAGUUUGAAAGACUUCGUCGAACGGUUGCUUACGUCCAUCGCUUCAUUGACAACUGUCGGCGUAAGGCGGCGAAACAGCCGCUGCAAUCAUCGCAUAUAACAUACGAUGAACUCAACAUGGCAGAAAAUUCUUUGUGGCAAUUGGUGCAGCAAGCAGAGUUUCCAGACGAAAUACUCCAGCUCCGGAAAGCGAAUGAAGGACGGAUGAGGAAACAAAUUCGAACGAGUCGGCUCUACAAAUUAUCACCAUUCCUCGACGAGCGUGGUGUAGUUAGAAUGGAUACAAGGUUAUCCGGAGCAAUCUUUGUUCCCUACGAUACAAAAUUCCCCAUAAUUCUGCCGAAAGGACAUCGCCUCACUAAUCUGAUCGUCGAAUGGUACCAUCGAAUCUAUCUGCACGGUAACCACGAAACUGUUAUCAACGAGGUCCGCCAACGAUUCCACGUUCCUUGUCUCCGAUCAUUGGUGCGGAAUCUAUCCAGAACGUGUAUGCAGUGUAGAGUCUCUAAAGCAAAACCAUCAUGUCCCCGCGAAGCGCCGCUUCCUGAAGCGAGGCUUAGCCCAUAUACUCGACCAUUCAGUUUCGUUGGGCUGGACUACUUCGGUCCCAUCCAAGUCAAAGUCGGACAAUCUCUGGCGAAGCGAUGGGUGGCUUUGUUUACAUGCCUCACCAUUUGUGCCGUUCAUUUAGAGGUCGUGCAUUCUCUGUCCACUGAAGCGUGUAAGAUGGCCAUCCGGCGAUAG